UUUUAAAGUUAAUUUUUCAAAAUUCAGGAACUUUUGCUCUAAUAAGAUUAUGGCUGGUAAUAAAUGUCACAAAGUUUUAAAAAUUAGAUUUUCGAAGUGUCAAGUCUCAAGUAUUGUUCUACUACAAAUUUUUCAUGCACACCACCUGAAAAACGCCUCUGAAAAUCACCAUUACCAACAUCUAGAAAGUAAAUUGAACUAGUCUAUUUCAGCACCCGAAUUGGUGUUGAAAUGGCUCAUUAAAGAAUCGGUUUUGGUAUCAAAAUAAGCUUGAUGGUUUUAGUUGCAAAAUAAAAAAAAAUGCAUUUACAAAUUUGUACUUAAAAUAAUACACUAAAAAGACACAAACUACUUUUAUUACCACUAAAAAAAUACAGGUGCUUAAAAAAUUCUGUCAAAAAAUUUUGACAUUUACGUUUUGAUACAACUGAGGAUACAACUUCUUUAUUUCCUUUUCGAAUAGCCUGUAGCAAAAAAACAUGUAAAAAAAAUGGGGUAAAAGUGUAAAUUUAAACCCCCAUAAUUUCGAAAUUCUUAUAGAAAGAAUUUUUGAAAACAUUUUUUCCAUAUUUCUGGUAUCUUAUUUUAUUUGGCAUUUUUUCUCUAGGACAAAUUCUGAAAUUCUCUGUAUAGAGAUGGUACACUUUUUCGGUUACUUCCGGUUACCAAUGACCAAAAAUUUUGUAAUUUUUUAAUAUAAAAAUUUCACGGUUAACUAAUAAUACCUAAAAACGUGAAAAUUGACACAUAAUGUCAAUUCUCUAGUAGUUUCCAUUUCAAUCUGUUGAAUCACUACAUGAAAAAAAAUCACGUGAAGAAUCUGAACAACAUAAUUAUAAAAUAUGUUAUUUCAUCGAUGUUAUCAAUUACGAAAACCCUUAUCAGUAUGUUGUGUAAGCUGCCCAACUGGACAUGCGAUAAACUGAUAACUGGUCAAUAAUAGCUAAACAGAACAAUAGCAAUAAUGCAAGCAUUAAUUUAUUUUCAAAAUUUUGAUCACGUUUUGAUGAAAUGCCAAGAAAUCAUCUAAAACUACGCAAACGGAACCAAUUAAGAUAAUUUUCUUCGUUAGUGGUCGAAUUUUUCAAAACAUGACAAUGAAAUCAAUUUUAUCAGUGUUUGACCCAGACCUCAAAUUAGCAAGUAAACAAACCAAACCGAUGACAGUCUUGUCAGUCUGGCUGUGCCUUCUCCAAUAUGGUCAUCCACAGAUUUGUCAAAUGUGUCAACAAUACUUCGACAAGACAAUUAAUUUUUAAUCAAUGUCGAAAACACAUCAUUAAUAGGUCAAUAUUCACAACGCCAUCGAUUUGGGCAGAACGGUUAUAUACAGACAAACAUGAAUGGGUGGAAGUCGAUGGUAAAACCGGAAAAGUGGGAAUAUCACAAUAUGCCCAGGAGGCGCUGGGUGACGUAGUAUACGCACAACUGCCAGAUGUCGACACUGUGCUAAAACAAAAAGACGAAUGUGGGGCACUUGAAAGUGUCAAAGCCGCAAGUGAGGUUUAUAGUCCCAUUUCAGGAAAAGUUGUAGAAAAAAAUGCAAGUGUUGAGGAGACGCCCUCGCUGAUAAAUUCCUCGUGUUAUGAUAAGGGGUGGCUCUUUAAAAUUGAAUUGUCUGAUACAGGGGAACUUAAAAGUUUGAUGACUGAAGCACAAUAUAAUGAAUAUCUUAAGACUCAAGAUCAUUAGUUAAUUAGUGUAAAAAUGAUUUUAUUAAAGAUUACUAAAUUUG